AUGUCCGAAAAUGUUUUUAUUCGAUUAGGAGCUUUGAGAAUCAAUCCAAUUAUUGAUAAUAAUAAUGAUACAUCAAAUAUAUAUACUCCUGGUGAAACGAUAACAUGUCAAACAGGAUUUAUGCGUGGUCACGGAACUUAUGUAGAUGAUGAUAACAACGCAUUAAAAGCUUCUGUGGCUGGUAGUGUAGAACAAGUUAAUAAACUUAUAUCUAUGCGUCCUCUCAAAUCAAGAUAUUUUGGAGAAAUAGGAGACGUUAUUGUAGGAAGAAUUACUGAAGUCCAACAGAAGCGAUGGAAAGUUGAUACAAAUUCUAGGUUAGAUUCCAUUCUUUCCCUCUCCUCCGUUAAUUUACCAGGAGGAGAGUUAAGAAGAAGAUCUGUGGAAGAUGAACAAAUGAUGAGAAAAUAUUUACAAGAAGGAGAUUUAAUUUCUGCUGAAAUACAAAAUAUUUUAUCGGAUGGAACUCUUCAGUUGUACACGAGAAGUUUAAAAUAUGGUAAAUUAUCACAGGGUAUCUUGCUCAAAGUUUUUCCUUCAUUGGUUAGAAGAAGUAAAACACAUUUUCAUAGUUUACCAUGCGGUGCGAAUAUUAUAUUAGGCAAUAAUGGAUUUAUAUGGAUUACACCGGCUGCCUUGGAAGACAAAAAAGGAGGUUUCACUCAAGAUUUAAAAUAUAAAGUUUCCAAAACUGAUAGAAUAGUUUUAAGUAGAUUAAGAAAUUGUAUUCUUGCUCUUGCUAAUUCGAAAAUGCCUUUGUACGAUACAAGCGUCAUGUAUGCUUAUGAAGAAUCACAAAAAUACACUGUAUCGGAAUUAUUAGCACCUGAACCAAUGUUAGAUGUUGCAGUACUUACAACUUUAAGGCUUCAAAUGAUCGAGGAUGAAUAA